CUAUAGCACUGGUGCUUUUUACAGAGCAUACAACUCUUUUUUUUGUGUGUUCAUUGUAUGUGCUGACGCUAAUACUACGUGAAUUGUGCUUAGCUUUAAUAUCGUUUACAUUAUCGAUUUUUUUUUUCGUUCAAUCUAUGUUAUUUUUCCUCGAAACUGUGUGACACAUCGAAAGAAAGUUCCAUCGAAAUCAAAGAGAUCAUUCAACCAUUUUUAGUGGUAAUUGAUAUUUCUUUUGUUAUGUGAAAAUUAAACAUUCUGAACGUUUGAAGUAACACACAAAUCGAUUCACAUUUGAUUUGCGGCAAAUAGCAGUCAAAGGCAUUAAUUAUGGGAUCAUUAUUUCGCAGUGAAGAGAUGACAUUAUGUCAGCUCUUCUUGCAAAGUGAAGCGGCAUAUGCAUGUGUUUCGGAAUUGGGCGAAUUGGGCUUAGUUCAAUUUCGUGAUUUAAAUCCGGAUGUGAAUGCAUUUCAACGUAAAUUCGUUAAUGAAGUGCGCCGUUGCGAUGAAAUGGAACGAAAAUUGCGGUACUUGGAAAAGGAAAUCAAAAAAGAUGACAUUCCAAUGGCAAAUUCGGAUGAAAGUCCUGAAGCACCGCAACCACGUGAAAUGAUUGACUUAGAGGCAACAUUCGAAAAGUUGGAAAAUGAAUUGCGUGAGGUGAACCAAAAUGCGGAGGCCCUAAAACGCAAUUACUUGGAAUUGACUGAGUUAAAACAUAUACUCCGAAAGACUCAAGUAUUUUUCGAUGAGCAAGAAGGUGGUUUUGGUGCCACUGAAUCAAUGACGAGAGCAUUAAUAACCGACGAAUCCAGAGGUGCACAUUCAAUGGGACCCGUUCAGCUUGGUUUCCUGGAUAAGCCACAGGAUGCUGAAGAGUAUCUUCCAUGUUUUGUUGCCGGAGUUAUUUUACGUGAACGUUUGCCAGCCUUUGAACGAAUGUUAUGGCGUGCGUGUCGUGGUAAUGUAUUUUUGCGUCAAGCAAUGAUUGAACAGCCAUUGGAAGAUCCAGCAAAUGGUGAUAAUGUCUACAAAUCGGUGUUCAUCAUCUUUUUCCAAGGUGAUCAAUUAAAAACGCGCGUGAAGAAGAUUUGCGAAGGUUUCCGUGCCACAUUGUAUCCAUGCCCAGAAGCGCCGGGUGAUCGUCGUGAAAUGGCCAUGGGUGUUAUGACACGUAUCGAAGAUUUGAAUACGGUUUUGGGACAAACGCAAGAUCAUCGUCGUCGUGUACUGGUUGCCGCUGCCAAAAAGCUUAAAGAUUGGUUUGUUAAGGUUCGCAAAAUAAAGGCCAUCUAUCACACGCUGAAUCUCUUCAAUUUGGACGUUACACAAAAGUGUUUGAUUGCUGAAUGCUGGGUGCCAUUACUCGACACCGAAACCAUUCAAUUGGCAUUGCGUCGUGGAACGGAACGUUCCGGUUCAUCAGUACCACCGAUCUUAAAUCGAAUGCAAACAUUCGAAAAUCCACCGACUUAUAAUCGUACGAAUAAAUUUACAAAAGCAUUUCAAAUUCUCAUCGAUUCCUAUGGGGUGGCUAGUUACCGUGAAAUGAAUCCAGCACCAUAUACAAUAAUCACGUUUCCAUUCUUGUUUGCCGUGAUGUUUGGCGAUUUUGGACAUGGUACGAUAAUGGCAUUGUUUGGACUUUGGAUGAUUUUAAAGGAGAAACCAUUGGCAGCACAAAAGAGUGAUAACGAGAUCUGGAACAUUUUCUUUGGCGGUCGAUACAUUAUCUUUUUGAUGGGUGCGUUUUCUAUGUACACGGGUCUUAUUUACAAUGAUAUCUUCUCCAAAUCUCUAAACAUAUUUGGUUCGAAUUGGAAUAUACCGUACAAUGCGUCGACAGUAAUGACGAAUCCCGAUUUGCAACUGGAUCCAAAGGAAGGUUUCGCCAAUUCAGCGUAUCCAUUUGGUAUGGAUCCAAUUUGGCAAGUGGCACCUUCCAAUAAAAUCAUUUUCCACAAUGGUUACAAAAUGAAAAUUUCCAUCAUUUUUGGUGUGAUUCACAUGAUAUUUGGUGUAAUAAUGAGCCUGCGCAAUUAUCGCUAUUUCAAUGAUCGUUUGUCGGUGAUCACAGCAUUUGCACCACAAAUAUUCUUUUUGAUUGCGUUAUUCUUCUAUUUGGCUCUUUUGAUGUUCAUUAAAUGGUUCAAAUAUGCUGCAGCAAAUCCACAUCCAUGGAGCAGUGAUUGUGCACCAUCCAUUCUAAUUACCUUUAUAAAUAUGGUUUUAUUCAAAAAUCCACCGUAUCCGGACGGUGAAGAUGAAUGCAGUCCAUACAUGUUUUGGGGUCAAAGAGGUCUUCAGCAAAUCCUUGUGGUGGGCGCACUUUUGUGUGUACCAUGGAUGUUGCUAUCGAAACCAGUUCAUAUUAUGAGAAGUCGAAAAGAGGCUAUGCAUCAUCCAAUUGAUCACCAGCCAGUUGGUAAUGGUGAUGCAGAAACUGGCCUAAAUGCUGAUGGUUUAGUGCAACAACCUCAAGGACACGGCCAUGAUGAAGAAGACAUCACAGAAAUUUUCAUUCACUCAGGAAUUCAUACCGUUGAAUACGUAUUGGGCUCAGUUUCACAUACUGCAUCCUAUUUACGUUUGUGGGCAUUGUCUUUAGCCCAUGCACAACUUGCUGAAGUAUUAUGGAAUAUGGUUCUUCGUCAAGGUUUGGUCAUCAACAGUUGGUAUGGUGGUGUUGUACUUUGGUUCAUCUUUGGAUUCUGGGGAGUUCUAACCAUUGGCAUUUUGGUGUUGAUGGAAGGUCUUUCAGCCUUCUUGCAUACACUUCGUUUGCACUGGGUCGAAUUCCAGAGUAAAUUCUACGCUGGACAAGGUUAUGCCUUCCAACCAUUCGCAUUCGAUAUCAUUCUGGAACAAAGCAGUAAUGCCGCCGAAGGCGAAUAAAUUCAUAUUCUCAAGUUGAUAGCAACCAUUGCUACAUCAUAAAUUAAAUAAAAUAUAAACAAAGAAAAUCUUGCAUCUUCACUUAAGCUUGUUCAUUCUAUACAAAAACUCUCCAUCAGUUCAGAGAAUAUAUUAGCAAAAAUUAAAGAGGAAAAAACAAACCAACACUAUCAGAAUAUACGUUACGGUUGUUUUCAAAAUGUUUGUUUAGUCAACAACAACAAAAGAAAAAAAAGAAGUCGUUUGUUUCAUUCAAUACAAAAAAAGUGAUGGAAGAAAAAACCAAAAAUCUAAUUGCUACCUACUCAGUACAUAAUUACUUAUAUCAAAUCACAUGUUAUUGUCAAAUAAAUGAAAAAAACCUAAAUUGAAUGUAUAAUCAAAAAGACAACAAUGGAUUAAUUGUAUUUCCGACCUCCCAUGACUGCAACAUUGCAGCUAAAACAAAGUUUAAAUAAAGAUCUAGCUUCAAAACAACGAUAAACAAAAAAACAA